AUGACGGAACAACCGGUAUCAGUCCUAUUUGUCUGCCUCGGCAACAUUUGCCGCUCGACAAUGGCAGAAGGCGUGUUUCGCAACUUUGCGCAAAAGCCUCAGUACAAGGGCCUCAUCUCAAAGGUGGAUUCUUGCGGCACAGGUACGAAUCAUGGCGGAUACGUCAUGAUGAACCCAAUUCCUCUACCACUUCUCGUGCGCAAAGCAAAGCUGACGCGGUCUUUCUGCGCAACAAUAGCGGCCUACCAUGUCGGCGAUCCUCCAGAUGACAGAACUAUGGCAACGCUCGAAGACCACGGCAUAACGGAUUACUACCACGCUGGUCGCAAGGUGUCGCCCUCAGACUUUAACAAGUUCGACUACGUCUUCGCUAUGGACCGAUCCAACCUACGAGACCUCCAAAACCUACAACAACGAGGCCACACCGAUUCAAAGGCCAAGGUGAUGUUAUUUGGCGAAUUUUCAGGAGGACCGAGGUCGGAGGUGGUCAACGACCCUUACUACGGUGGCGACGAGGGCUUCGCAAAGGCCUAUGAGCAGUGCACGCGGUUCUCGACCAACUUUUUAAAGCACGUCUUCCCCAAUGUCGACCCUAAAGCAUAG